AUGCCGCUUGCGGGUAUUCCUAGCAGUGAACAAUUUGUCAACAGAGUAGCUGACAUGGAAAUGUCAGCUGUGGGUAUUCCUGGUAGCGAAAUAGGAAGUGCCAAUGAAAUUCCAACCCGGGAGAGCCUUGAGAGCGAAAAGUUGACAGAACUGCCAGUGAAAUACCCUUGGGAUAUUCACGACAGUCAAGUAUCUGACAACAGAGUAACUGACAAUGUAAUCCCAACUCGGGAGAUUAUUGACAGUGAAAAUUUUGGCAGUAAGAACACUGAUGAUGUUGAUGCUGCUGGUUAUGCUGAAGUUGGUGAAGUCUGGCAGUCAAAAUUUGUCGACGGAGUGACCGGCAAGGAGGUCCUUGACAGUGCAAAGUCUGGUAGUAUCAUCACUGAUGAUGAUGAUAAUUAUGAUGCUGCUGCUGGUUACGCUGAUGUUGAUGUUGAUGAUGCUGAUGACGACGGCUGCUGCUGCUGCUACUACUGA